AGCCGGCUAACGAUAGUCAUCAGUUUGACCACCAGCGUGUUAAUCCACUCUUGCGUUAAUUUAUAACAGGUAAAUAAACCAAUCCAACUAAUGUUAACAUGGUUACGUUACACGUUUCUGUUUACAAAGCGAAAACCAAAGUAUGUAUGGCUGGCUUGGCUUGACCCGUCCACGUUAGCCAGCUAACUUUAGCAUAACAAACUAACGUUGCUAAAUCAGGCGAGCAAAUUUUGCAUCCAAAUAAACUGUUGGCUAAGUUCCUCUUAGUUUGAAUAACAAUUUAAAAGUGCAAAGGUAUGAUAAAAAUGAAAAGCAUAUCGACAACACUUAGUUACCCCAUUUAACUUGUGUGCUUUUCAAAUAACGAUGCAGACCACUGCACUGAAAAGGGCAAACUGUAAUUAACAGAUUCUUGCUUGCAUUUCUUCCCAUGCUUUGGAGUAGGAAGUUAACGUUAAGGCUGUCUAUGAUCUUGUUUUAGCAGCUGCUUGUCUGAGCGUGCAUAAUUUUGCUUUUUCACCUACCCCUGUCGUGUCACAGUUGCUCGUCCAUGUAGCCCUAAUCCAAGUUAUUUUGAAAUUGGGAGAGUAAUAAUAAUAAACAAAACUUCUCUCCAAAGUUAUGUAAAGUACUUGGCAAGUUGGCCUGUGUUUUUCCCCACGUUGUUUGUUUCAGUUGUUUCUCACCAUUAGAUGGCGAUAUAAUCAUUCUUAUAUCAGAGCCCUUGUAUAGAUGCUACGGUUGCGUUUUAGGAUAUAUAUAUAUAUUUUGUCAUUAUCCACAUAGUUGUACAUUUCGCCAAAAUACUAUGGAUAUAGACUCGGCCAGUUUCGUUGAAUGUACACUCCUCUAUUUUAGGUGGUGUGGAUAUUCUAUAAAUAUUUCAGUAAAAAGAACAAGUCAGAAAAACCAACAGAUGGACAGCAGACCUCAAUUGAAACACAAUUCCAAAGCGUAGAAUUUCAGGUAUUACUCCUUCUGCUGUUUAGUAACAGUAGCCUAUGUAGCCUAGGCUAUAUUUUAUCUAUUCUAUGCUUCCAGUCUUAAAGCUGGUAACUUGUUAAUAUAAGCACACAUUUAGUGGUGUUGAGGUGAAUGAGAUGCCCAGCUUGUGGAUCAGGUUGCUGUUCAACAUCAUCAACUGCAAAUUUGCUUCAGAUACUGCUAUAACCAGAGAGAAAAUGUACUGCAAGAGCUGUUUGUGAAAAUCUUAACCUUGUGACUACUUUCUGAGAACACUUCUUGCUGAACAUUACCUUUCUGAUAUAACAACAUUCAAGAUGCCUUAAACACAAUAAUCAGCUCCAGAUCCAUCCCCAGACAGGCACACUGAUCCAUCACAAUGUACAGCAGUGGUUCUCAAAGUGUGGGGGGCCCACUAGUGGGGAAUAGAGACAUGACAGGUGGGGCGUGAGGAACAGGAGGACAUGUGUUCUUUUGUGCCCAUCUUUAAUGCCUCUCUUUUUUGACAAGGAAGAUCAUAGAUUCAAAACAAAAUAGCCACACACAAACAUAAGAGUCAUAAUCAGACCGACAUAUGAAUUAAAAUAACAUCUUAUCCAGUGGACUGAGACAGGACAUGUAGGCUAAUGUGGAAUGAAGAUGUGAAAAAAAGUAUUUUAACGUUACCAUUUUGCCGGGUUGAUGGGAUCAGGUGGGGCUUGAAAAUUCCCCAUCAAAGUGGGGAAUGACAGAAAAAGUUUGAGAACCACUGAUGUACAGUAUGAAAGACCAAUGGAUGCAGGCAGGGGCCAGAGAGUCUUUUAUUAUACAUAUGACCAAACAUUACAGAGCCCUCCUAUGACCAAACAUUACAGAGCCCUCCUAUAAACUUAUCAGUUCAUAAACCCAUCUCCAUGUCUCCGGUUUCUGCAUUCAAGAGAAGAAUGUUGUUUUGGUCUAUGUGUUUUCUCCAAAGUCUUUUUUUGCACAAUGAACUCCCAAAGAGUUGUCACAGUUGAAGAAACACCCCUAAGAGCUGUAAUCUAAUGCCUCAUGUCAGAUUUGAAAAUGAGAAUCAUUUAUCAAAGUUAUGAGUUAUUGAAGAUUGGUCAUGUUAACCAUCACAGAUGAUGACCAAAAGAUAUAAAAAAAAACUUGGUGGUGAAAAAUGAGUGAAUAUGGUGUUUAUGAUGUUUUGACAUCAAGUAGUACUGAAGCAAAUAAUGGACACUGAGGGUCUCUAUUAAUAAAGUCAAGACAGAACAUGAUAUUGUUUGAAUCUCCAGCUGAAAACGGAACAUUUUCUAAGUCGAAGAGAAUGCAUGGAGGCUGCUUAAAGCAACACCAAAUAGUUUUUUGUACCUUAAAAUAAUGUUUCCAAAAUUCACCUUUGGCUAAGCCCCGCCCCCCUUAGUUACUGUUGCUACGUCCGACAACUUCUGGGCUCUGGUUUUCUGACUGGUUAUCCUAAGACUCUGGUUAGGUAUCAACAACAUGGCUUAUGCUGUGACAGCUCUUCCUGCUGAACUUUUGUCAAACUUUUAUAAAGCAGCAAAGAAAGUGUCCGAUAGGAGUAGACAAAAGGGUCUGCAAUAUGCGUUCGAAGGCUAUAUUCAGGACAUACAGGUGAAACGCAAAGAACAACAAGGCAUCCAAAUAGAGGCAAAAGCAUACCGGUCACAGUCAAAAAAUGAACCACCGCAUAUCCUACUAAUCGAGACGGAGGCUGGGACUGACAAUAUCAAGGAGCAACACUGUUCAUGCAAAGCUGGCUCCACAGGGUUUUGCGCGCACAUCAUAGGGCUUAUCCAUACCCUGGAUCUCUGCAAGGCACAACACAUAAACGCUGUGCCAGUUCAGUCCUCCACAAGCUUACCCCAACAAUGGCAUAAGCCAAGAGGUGCUAAAGUAGCACCACAGCCUGUGACAGCAGUCGUUGUGGCCAGGGCCAAGACAGAGCGAAAACGGAGACCCAUCUUCUGCCAAUACAGCAAUGACAGGGCCAUCUCUGAGGUAACAGAUCAGGAUUUGUUGUUAUUGAGACAGCUGACAGGGACACCUAUGAGCUACAUAGCAAGCAAACCCCAGAUAGAUGUAGUGAUAGGUCAGGAGAAGUACCCUCUGGAAGUGGCUUGA